AUGUUUAUGUUUCAACGCUCAUUUUACAAAAACACUGACGGUGUCAAGCUUCUACCGAUUGAGGAACCCUACAACCUCCACCACCACCCCACUUGGAACGAGGAGCCCGACCACCUCCAACGCCAUCCCACUUGGGAUGAAGGAUGCGAUGGUUCGUUGUUAUUGGACGACACGUCGUCAUUUAGAAGUGAGAAGAACUCACGUGCCAACAACAACUCAGCGAGAGGAUUCGAAGUGAUUGAUGAGGUGAAAUCAGAGGUGGAGAGCAUAUGCCCAGGCGUUGUAUCGUGCGCUGACAUCCUGGCCGUUGCAGCAAGAGACUCAUCAGAAGCUAUGGGUGGACCAACAUGGACAGUGAAGUUGGGGAGAAGGGAUUCAGCCACUGCAAGCGAAAGUGCUGCCAAUGAUAACCUCCCUACAUUUAGAGAUAACUUAGAAGAGCUCAUCUCUCUCUUCUCUAGAAAAGGCCUUGACAGACAAGAUAUGGUUGCUCUCUCUGGUGCCCACACCAUUGGCCAAGCCCAAUGCUUCACAUUUAGGGAGAGAAUCUACAAUGAGGCCAACAUCGACUCCGGAUUCUCGAGCACACGCCAAAGCGAUUGCCCGACUGACGACGACGAUGAUGAACUUGCCCCUCUUGAUUUGGUCACACCGAGAAGCUUUGAUAACAAUUACUUCAAGAACUUGGUGGAGCUUAAGGGCCUAUUGCACAGCGACCAGGUUUUAUUUAGCAAUGGAUCCACUGAUGGUUUGGUCACAACUUACAGCAACAGUCAGAGCACUUUCUUUACGGAUUUUGCUUCGGCUAUGGUGAAGAUGGGAGACAUUGAGCCUCUCACUGGUUCUUCUGGCCAAAUUAGGGCUAAUUGCCGAGUGCCCAACUAAACUGAUUGAUGACUA